UUUGACUACAAAUCAUAGCUAGCGACUAGCUAGCUAUAUCUAUGUCUAUGUUGGAAUCGUGGUCUAGCGCUGUGAAGAUACGCUCUUUGCGUCCAGUGCUGUGACAACUAAAGGGAGAACCCCCGAAACCAGAGUUUCGAUGCUGUAGCUCACCAAUAAUUUGGUGUGCUUUGUAUGGAGGGGAAUCGGUAAACGCGACAGCCAGAGAUCAGUCUUUACAGGGAAGCGACAUAGAUUCCAUUGUAAAUGUAUCAGAACCCAGGAGCCCAGCAUGAAGAAAGCAAGCAGGCCAGUGGCCGGUAAAACCCAGGGCGGAGAGCGGGGGAAGACCGAGGGUGGAGUCACAGGCACGGCUGGCAAGACUUCUGCCAAAUCCUCUACCACAGCAUCACUGCCCAAGGUAAAAAGCAACGAUGAUCUGCUAGCCGCGAUGGCAGGGGGCGCUCCAACCGGCAACAGCACAGCCACCAAGGGCAAGAAGAGCAGUUCUGCCCACCAAGCCUCUGUGAUGCCCAACACCUCUAACCCAGACAGCAAGGCCAAGACCAGCUCAGGUUCUUCUGCCAAGCGUGGGGUGUCUCUGACCUCCAAAGAGGCUAGCUCCUCUAGAGACCGCCUGAGGAACUCCAGAACUGCCGCAGGCAAGAAGGCCUCCGCGGCGGUGCCGGGGCUGCCCGAUGCCACCCAGCCUAAACGCUCCCGCAGCCGGGCUCUGGCCGAGUCCGAGGCCCGGAUGAGCAAGUCCAAGUCGGACGGGCAGAUCAGUGACAAGGUGGCUCUGGAGGCCAAGGUGAAGGACCUGCUGGGUCUGGCCAAAAGCAAGGAUGUGGAGAUCCUGCACCUGCGCAGCGAGCUUCGUGACAUGAGGGCACAGCUGGGCCUGGGGGACGAAGAGGACACUACCGAGGACGACAAGCCCCAGGAGAAGGAGCCACCCGCCAUCAGUGCUGCUGACGUGGAGUCCACCCUGCUCCUCCUGCAGGACCAGAACCACAGCAUCCGUGAGGAGCUCAACCUGCUGAAGAACGAGAACCGUAUGCUGAAGGACCGGCUCAAUGCCCUGGGCUUCUCCCUGGAGCAGCGGUUGGACAGUUCAGACAAGAUGUUCUGCUACCAGUCCCCGAGCCCGGACUUGGCGGCAAGCAAUGGCAGUGGGGGCGGGGUUGGUGGCGGAGCCUCUUCCGCGGAGGGAUCGGCCCCGGGUUCGAUGGAGGACCUCCUGGCAGAGCACCAGCGGAGCAGCUCGGUGGACAACCUGGACAGCGAGUCCAGCGAGGUCUACCAGCCCGUCACCUCCAGCGACGAUGCCCUGGACGCCCCCUCAGGUUCCUCCUCGUCCUCGGAGUCGGAGGGCGCCCCGCCCAGCCGGGACCGCUCCCGAAAAGGCAGCAGUGGCAACACCAGUGAGGUGUCGGUGGCCUGCCUGACCGAGCGCAUCCACCAGAUGGAGGAGAACCAGCACAGCACGUCCGAGGAGCUCCAGGCAACCCUGCAGGAGCUGUCCGACUUGCAGCAGAUCACCCAGGAGCUGAAUGGCGAGAACGAGCGUCUGGGCGAGGAGAAGGCCAUCCUCAUGGACUCACUGUGCCAGCAGAGCGACAAGCUGGAGCACUACGGCCGGCAGAUCGAGUACUUCCGCUGCCUGCUGGAUGAACACCACGUGGCGUACGUCAUCGACGAGGACAUCAAGAGCGGCCGCUACCUGGAGCUGGAGCAGCGUUACGUGGACCUGGCGGAGAACGCCCGCUUUGAGCGCGAGCAGCUGCUGGGCGUGCAGCAGCACCUCAGCAACACGCUCAAGAUGGCCGAGCAGGACAACAAGGAGGCCCAGGAGAUCAUCGGUGCUCUGAAGGAGCGCAACCAUCACAUGGACCGCAUCGUGGACUCCGAGCGGCAGGACAAGGCGGCCAUGGUGGCGGCUUUGGAGGAGUACAAGGCGGCAGUGAACAGCGAGCAGGCGGAGCUCAGUCGCUGCCGCGCCCACCUGGAGCAGGAGAGGCAGAAGGUGGCCGAGCUCUACUCCAUACACAACUCCGGAGACAAGAACGACAUCCGGGAGCUGCUGGAGAGCGUGAGGCUGGACAAGGAGCAGGCCGAGAGCCAGGCGGCCAAGCUGCAGGAGGAGCUGGGGCACACCCGAAACGAGGCCGCACGGCUGCAGGACGCCCUCGACAAGCUUGAUGCCGAGUACCGAGACUUUCGGGAGGAUGCGCAGAAGCAGAUCUCUGAGCAGAAGCGCAUAAUGGACAAGCAGCAGGUGGAACUGGAGGAGAAGGAGACUGAGAUCGGAGACAUGAAGGAGACCAUCUUUGAGCUGGAGGAUGAGGUGGAGCAGCACCGUGCCGUCAAGCUUCACGACAACCUGAUCAUCUCUGAUCUGGAGAACUCCGUAAAGAAGCUGCAGGACCAUAAACAUGACAUGGAGCGGGAGAUUAAGAUUCUUCAUCGUAAACUGCGGGAGGAGUCGGCUGAGUGGCGGCAGUUCCAGGCCGAUCUGCAGACGGCCGUGGUCAUCGCCAACGACAUCAAAUCUGAGGCGCAGGAGGAGAUCGGGGACCUGCGGAGGCGUCUGCUGGAGGCGCAGGAGAAGAACGAGAAGCUUGGCAAGGAGCUGGACGAGGUCAAGAACCGCAAGCAGGAUGAGGAGAGGGGCCGGGUGUAUAACUACAUGAACGCAGUGGAGAGGGACCUGGCCGCACUCAGGCAGGGCAUGGGGCUCAGCCGGCGCUCCUCCACCUCCUCCGAACCCUCCCCCACCGUCAAGACCCUCAUCAAGUCCUUCGACAGCGCAUCAUCACAAGAAACUCUGCCGCCAGGUCCCAUCCCGAAUGCCGCGGCCGCCCCUGCCACUGCUCCCGCCACCGCUCUCCCCCGGACGCCCCUGAGCCCCAGCCCCCUGAAGACCCCCCCCGCUGCCGCAGUCUCGCCCAUACAGAGGCACUCUAUCAGUGGGCCCAUUUCCACCCCAAAAACCCUCUCCUCUCUCAGUGACAAGAGGCCCAGCUACACUGAGAUCAACAUGCCAGCAGAGCACCUCCUCCGGGGGUCCCCUGGGAGCCGGCCCGGCUCUGCACUGCAGAGGGUCUCAAGCAUGGACACCUCCAAGGCCAUCUCAGUGUCCCGCAGGAGCAGUGAGGAGGUGAAGAGGGACAUUUCGGCCUCGGAGAACAGCGCCUCCGCCUCGCUCAUGGCCAUGGGCUCGGCCUCUCCCCAGCUGUCCAUGUCCUCCUCCUCCCCCACGGCGUCCGUCACCCCCACCGCCCGCAGCCGCCUCCGAGAGGAGCGGAAGGACCCGCUGUCGGCACUGGCCCGGGAGUACGGGGGUUCUAAGAGAAAUGCGCUGCUGAAGUGGUGCCAGAAGAAGACCGAGGGGUACCAGAACAUCGACAUAACAAACUUCAGCAGCAGCUGGAAUGAUGGUCUGGCGUUCUGCGCCGUCCUGCACACCUACCUGCCUGCCCACAUCCCCUAUCAAGAGCUCAACAGCCAGGAUAAGAGAAGGAAUUUUACACUUGCCUUCCAGGCAGCGGAGAGUGUGGGGAUCAAGUCCACAUUGGACAUCAAUGAGAUGGUGCGGACGGAGAGACCAGACUGGCAGAGUGUGAUGACCUAUGUCACAGCCAUCUACAAGUACUUUGAGACCUGAACCGAUCGUCCAGCCCACCAACCAGCCCUGCAGCUUAACCCUACUCCAGAGCUCCCUUUCCACAGCCAGCGACGUCAUUCAAUCUGUCCAGCAACACUGAACUCUCCCCCCUUACACCCGUUCACACACGCGCACACACAUGCAUAUACACACACGCACGCACACACACACACAGUUCAGAGACUUUGCAGUGCUUUGAUGACUGAGCACUGUUAGCAUGCUUCUUGGCUCAACCAGUCAAUGCUCUCCAGGGAGGAGAAUGGCGUGAGCUUGGAUGGGUUUUAUCAUUUUAUUUUUUUUAUGUUCAGAGUUGACUCUUCUCCUCUGUGACACUCUGUGCGUUGUCCCCUCGGCCUGUCUGCGUCAUAGCUGGGUGACUUUGGCUGGUUCCUCAAAGCGUCAAGCUGUCCUCUUGUGCCAUUUCAGCACACAAGUUCCACCGCAAGGUUUCCGUUUGACCCGACCGGCUUCUCCGCACCACCAUUUCAUUGGCUGAUGAGUGCAUCAAGGAGCAGCCUUCGCCAAUCGGGCGUCAUGUUCCUGCAGAAACACCCCACUUCUGUGCCUUUCCCAUGCAAAUGGCUUUACGGUCCCCCACCACCUGUAUUAUCAAGAAAACUUCAGCCAAGUAGGACUAGUGUCAGCUGUCCACUAUAUAACAUGAUGGAUAUUAUGUGGAGUGGAAAUGUAAAAAUACCGCUUAAGAGCUUCCUUUUGAAAACGCCUUCAUUAGACUUUGAACUGCUGUGGGUCUCCUGUAUGGCAGGGGGCGUGUCUGAAUGAAUGACUCUCAGAACAAUGAACAUUUUGUAGGUGGAAAAGCCUAUUCCAUUUCAGGGCAUGUUUAAUUUACUGCUUUUUGCUGAAAUUGGUGGUUUCCCCCAGAGUGGACCCUUUUCAAGGUUGGAACCAAGGUUUUCUGGGGUUUAUGAGGAAUAUUUUCAGUCAGAGAGUGAAUGGGCCAAAAGCUUUGUGUAGGGAAAAAAGAUUUUUGGGGAUGGAGAAGAAGACCAGUCAGUCAUAAGCUUUCUGGAGGUCAUCUGUUGAGACAUUAACAAAGUAAUAUUUAGCUGUGUUUAUGAUUUAUUCACCAGUGUUGUGUGUAAGAGUAGUAAUAGUGUUUAGUAACAGAAUAGGUGUUUGUUUGUUUGUUUUUUUGCCCUCAUCAUAUCACAAAAACCUGUUGUCUUCAUGUCGAAUACCAAAAAUGUAAUGGGAGUCUGCUCUCUGAUGCCAUGGAAAGGAGGGUGUGAUAAGCUGAACAGUAUCGCCUCAAAUACACAUUAUGACCAGACUUGGUAAAGUUACCAGGUAAAGUUGUAGCUAGCUGGCAUGAUCAGUCUCAGGGCUUGAAAUGUAGGAGUUUCGGAUCACUGCAACCAUCACUCCAUUCACACUUGAGAGUACUGGUGGUCUGAUUCAAACCAUCUGGAAAAGUGAAUGGUACCUUCUAAUGUUCAGUGAAAACUGAAAAUGCCUGCAAUGCAAUAUUGAAGCACAUUUUCUGUGUUUUAGUUUUCUGAACGGUUCCAAGCACAAAUAAUUGUUCCAUAUUCAAUUGCAUGUUCUGUGCUGUUGACCUACCUAAAGUUCCUUAAAUUUUGCCUUUGUGAAUUGACCACAUUUUGAUGCCUUAUGCAAACAAUCUUUUAUAAAGCUAAUUAAGCCAAACUACUGUAAUCUCUAUUCAGAUUGUGUCUGGAUAAGAUGGCAGACAACUUGUAUGUGACUUUCAUAACUGUUUCACACAGUCCUCUUGAGAGUUUUCAGUGUUGUAUUGAAAGAAGCUCUCCAUUAAGCUCUCCACAUUUAGUUAAUUGCCUAUAUAAUUGUUGCCACAUUUUCUGGAGUAUAAAAACUUUGGGUUACCCCUGAGCCAAACCGAGUCGUCACCUUGUUGAUCUGAUCGGAGAGAGGGGGUCAUUCAUUACCAUGUGCCAUUCAUAAAGCAUUUGGAUCAGAAUCUCACCAUGAAUUGACUGUCUUAAUGGGUCACAAAUCUACACCAAGGAAAUAUACCUUUUAUGUAUCCUUUAGAUUAGUUCAGUAGUAAAAUGUCUUAUGUUGACACCCACAGUGUAACCCAGUGAGGCUGUUCAGAGAUCAGUACCCUACCUAGUGUGCCUUUAAAUGCCCAUAAAACCUUAUGAUAGAUUUUUCCAUUGACAUACCAUUUUGUUAACAAUAGUGAGUUGGAUCAUGUCCAGGGAUACCAGGAACAUGGCAUUAGUGGAAGGUUAUUUAUAAGCUUGGUCAUUUGGAGCGCAUGGUUGGAGAUGUAAGGGAAUGACUGUGUAUGGUAUGAGAAUUUGUGUGGUUUGUAGCAGUUGGCUUCUUCGUCUUUAUCUAAUACCUGUGUGAUGUGUAAUAGACAAAAAUUAGCUUAGGAAUUUAAUCUUACCUCUCAGUUAAAAAAGAUACAAACUACAACUACAAAAAUGACCUUCAGUUUACUGCAGUUUGUUUCCUUUUAUUAUAAUGUGUACAUGUCUUAGGUUUGUUGCAAUAUUUUCAUCUACGUCUGAGUGAGAAAAGGCUAUGAUUUAAAAAAAAAAAAUUACUAUUAGAAUAUUAAUUACACUUUUAUUUGUCCUUAAUUUUUUUACUUAUAUAUUUUUUUGCAACAUCACUGCAAUUACCAAAUAAUAAUAGAAUAGAGGAAUUCUUGUUUUAGCUUUAAUUUUGUUUAAAAGUUAAGAAUUUGGAGUCACCCAGCUGGAAUGGUCUUUUUAAUGCUUUCAUUUAUUUAUUUCCAAUUAAGAAUAACACUCUAUGGUGUAAAUUGAUCAUUUAAUCUUUGAUAUUCUGGUUCAAGAAGGUUGAUGUAAUAAUAGAACCAGCACUAUUUCAGACAUUCUGUAAAAUCUGGCAUGGAGUAUGCAUAGCACAAUAUGAGUACUUUUCAGUGUUUGCAGUGAAUGACAAUGCUGAUUUAAGUUUAGCAUUUGGAUGGGCAUAAAGAGAUACUCUGCGAUGCCUCCUGCAUCACGCUGCAUGUGUCUGAACUGUACGAUGGAGCGGAAAUGACUUUAAACAUCCAGGCCAUGCUCAUCCUUAAAGCUAGAACAUGAUUUCCCCCCUGGGCUAUAUGAUCUCUUGGUCCUGCAGAAGGGCUUAUGAAACACGUUUGGAUGCUGGGUUAGGACUUCAGGCCUAUGGUUCCCUUCUCUUGCCUCCUGUAUCUCAGGUUUGGCCUUUUGGGGUCAAAGGGGCAAGGACCAGACUCUGCAUUACUGCCUUAUUAGCCUUGUUCGCUGGCCUCUCCAGCAGAAAGCAUGCCUGCUGUUUUGCAUCCAGUACUGCUUCAGAACUUGGCACCUUCUGUGGUGAAGAUGUGUAGAGAGCGGGAUUCUUACAGAGCACACAUUCACCUCUUGACUGCUUGCCAGGCUACAUUCCCAUCAACUGUUCAGGAGGUGGUUACCAUAUGCUUGGUCUUGCACAGCAAAUUAGAAAAUAUGUUGGGUUAUGUUUUUUUCUUUAGCUACUAUAUAAUGGCAGCUCCAUUUAUGUUGAGCUGCUGGGGGAGGUGGAGAGUUUGGUUUUGGCAAUGAAACUUAAUGGUCAAUAGCUCCUAUUUGGCUGCAAAUACUGUGUACUUUGUCCCCAUGGGGAAUGUCACCCCCAACCCCUGGACCAUCGGAAUGGAAAUGUGCUCAGACCAUGUCAGUGUUUACCGUCAUUCUGUGUUUAUCAUGUCGGUUGUCAUAACACUCAACACUCUUGCCUUCUAUCCAGGGGGUCUGCCAGGGAUCCGAAGGAAAUCACAUAUAAAAGUGAUUAUCCUCUGAAGCUACUCUGCUGCUACACCUCGGCUGAAUAAAAAAAAGCAUGUGAUCACGGAGGUUUUUUAAAAGCCUUUGGCUGAAGCAGUCUCGUCUGGCACAGGCUCUGUUCUGUGUGCAGGGGAGACACGCGCACCGGGUUAUUGUACUACAGGGAGAAUGCACCGUUGGCAUAUGGUGUGGAAAAUGAGCAGAUGUGUUCUGAUGGACGAAUGUAGAGCAGAGAUCAUCUUGAAAUGAUAACCCUUCAGAAUUGAUUUGUGAAUCACGUGGUUCUAGGUAUCCAUCCAAGCAGCCUGACGUAUGGACUUUAACGUCUCGCCGGACAGUAAAAGCUGUAGGAGAAAGCGGGGGCGGGGGGGGAAACACAGUUAUGAUCUUCUGUUCUCACUCUCGCCCAGUGUAACAUUGUGAAUGUAUAAGAAAACAUAAAGCUUUUUUUUUUUUUUUUUUUUACUACAUUGUGCUAUUCUGUGUUGUUAUGGCAUGAGUAUGACUGCAAAUUACACUGUUUAAAUUAUGUAUUGCCUUUUGUAUUUUAUUUUACUCAUAAUACUUAUGAAUCCAUACUUUUGUUCUUGCUGUCGUUUUAUGCCUCUACUGGUUCAAAAAGGAAGUGAACUUUAAUUAGCAUUUUGUUUGUCUAUUAUCAUUUUAAUAAAAAAAAAAAAAAGAAUGA